GCCGCACGGCCGGGGCAGCAACCCCGCUGUCCUGCUGUCUUCUGUCCUGUGACCCGCUGUCCUGCUGUCCUGCUGCUCCUGUGUCCCGGUGUCCCGGCGUCCCGGCACGGAGGAUUCUUCUGCCUAAAUCCUUCUUUGGAUCCCGGGCUGCAGCCAGAAGAAAUCUGGACCAUCCUGUGGAAAAGAGUGUUGGAAGCACGCAGGGAGCAGAGCCGUGAGCAGCCUGGAAUUCCAUGUGCAGUGACGCCCGGGAUGGGGCUGCUCCGGCGGGCGCUGGCCGCAGCCCUGCUCCCGCUCCUCAUCCUCCCAGCACUCCGGGUUUCGGCUGAGAACAUCAACUUCCACAACAUCAGGCCUCCACUAGACCCCACUCCAUUCCCAAACAGUUUCAAGUGCUUUACCUGUGACAACGCUGUGGACAACUACAACUGCAACAGAUGGGCUGAGGACAGGUGGUGUCCUGCAAGCACCCGCUACUGCCUGACCGCUCACCUCUUCACAGCCCGGGGCCAGAGCACCUCCGUCACCAAGAAAUGCGCCACGGGCGAGGAGUGUCACCUGGUGGGCUGCCACCGCCACGGGGACAGCGGCCACACGGAGUGCGUGUCCUGCUGUGAAGGCAUGAUCUGCAACGUGCAGAUCCCCACCAACGCCACCAACGCGGUGCUGGCCGUGCUGCAGGCCCGCAGGGCGGCCGGGGGCGGCCGGGCCCUGCCCAGCCUGGCCCUGCUGGUGACAGCGGUGACAGUGGCCCUGUCGUGACACGGCAGCCUCGGACAGAGCUGCUGGCGCCGUCCCCAGGCCCCCGGGAUCUCCCGGGGAUGUUCCUCCAUCGCGGCGGAAAGGCGCGGCCUCAACUCCGUGGAUAUUUCAGUCUUGGAAAUCCACCCAAAAAAAAAACCAAACCCCUGCGGGGCUGGGCGGGGCUCAAGUUCUCAUCUCCUGUUUUCUGAGGAAAAUGCACAUUUUCUUGGGUUUUUGGACAGAGCUGUGACAACCACAAAAGGAGUUUUGGGUGGAUGACGUGGGAAGGUGGAAGCUGGAUUUAAACCUUUCAUGUGCAGAAACAACACGGAGUUUUUGUCUUAGCAAAACGCGUUUGAGCUUUUCUUGAUUUCGCAGAGA